CAAUGUUGUGAUUUAGGAACGCUUGUACUUUAAUUUGCUAUUUUAAGUAAAGAUAAGCCUUUAAAAUGCGGUGGCCAGUGCUGUUACGAAGAUGUGCUGUAAUCGAACGAAGGAGGUAUCUCUGCACGGCCCCCAGUGAUGCUGUGAUAUCUCGUGAGCUGACUUCGGAAAUGAAGCUGCAAAUAGAGGAACGGUGGCGCAAUAAACUAGGAGAUAGUCGCUUCGAUCCUGCGGCUACCGAUAAACCGAAACGCUACGUACUGGCGAUGUUUCCCUACCCGUCCGGCAACCUGCACAUGGGUCACGUCCGCGUGUACACCAUCAGUGAUGCGAUGGCCAGGUUUUAUCGGUUGAACGGUGCCAAUGUGUUGCACCCGAUGGGUUGGGAUGCGUUCGGUUUACCGGCGGAAAAUGCCGCCAUCCAGAGGCGUAUUCCGGCGGAUACGUGGACCCACCGGAACAUAGCGGAGAUGCGCAAACAGCUCGAGAUGCUGGCAUUCAGUUUCGAUUGGGAGCGCGAGUUUGCGACGUGCGACCCCUCGUACUACCACUGGACUCAGCAAUUGUUCUUGAUGCUGUUCAAGGACGGCCUAGCGUAUCAACGGGAGGCCCAGGUGAACUGGGACCCCAUCGAUCAGACGGUGCUCGCCGAUGAGCAGGUGGACGAUAAUGGGUGCUCGUGGCGUUCCGGGGCCAAAGUGGAGAAGAAGGUGCUCCGGCAGUGGUUCAUAAAGACGACGCGUUUCGCGAAACCAUUGCUGGAAGGACUCAGUGAUCCGAGUUUGGAGGAUUGGAAGGACAUCAUAAAACUGCAGCGACACUGGAUAGGCGAGUGUGAAGGAUAUGCCUUCGAGCUUCCACUAGCGGACAAGGCAAAAGGAGCGAGCAUUUCGAUUUGGACCCGAGAACCUAGCGAUCUACGUAACGCUUUGUUCAUUGCCUUGCAUCCAAGCAACCUGCUUAAUACCAGCAAGCGCAUCGAUUGUGUUUUGGAGCUGGAAUGUGAAAAUCCUUUCACUGGUCGGCGGUUACCGGUGAUAAUUACCGAGAAUGUCCCGUUUGCCGAAGGUUGCGAUACGUUCAUAGCCACCGAUAACGAGGAGAAUCGUAAAAUUGCCCAGGCUGUUGGAUUGAAAAUGACCGAUCAGAAAGGAAACGACGAAGGAAACGCACUGACUAAUGAUGAAAUCCUCGCGAAAGCACUUUCAACGAAUCUAGGAGGCCAUGCCGUUAGUUCCAAGCUACGCGAUUGGCUUAUCUCCCGGCAACGGUUUUGGGGCACGCCUAUUCCAAUCAUCCACUGUCCAAGCUGUGGACCGGUCGCUGUACCGGAACAGGAUCUUCCCGUUCGACUGCCAACGGAUUCCGUAGGAGUUCCACUGGCACAGAACGCAGACUGGCUUCGGGCGGAGUGUCCUUCCUGUAAACGUACCGAUUGUCACCGGGAAUCCGAUACGAUGGAUACGUUUGUCGAUAGUUCGUGGUACUUCCUGCGGUUUGCGGAUCCCCAUAACCGUAAGGCGAUGUUCGAUCGAUCCGCUGCUCACCAUCUAAUGCCGGUGGAUCUAUACGUUGGAGGAAAGGAACAUGCUGUGCUGCAUCUGUACUAUGCACGUUUCGUGGCGCAUUAUCUUCACAGUAAAGGACUGCUUCCCGCAUCCGAACCCUUCAAACGGUUGCUCGUACAGGGCAUGGUAAUGGGACGUUCGUACCGUGUGGUCAGUAACGGUAAGUAUAUCCCCGCAGCCGAGGCCGAGACCGUUGACGAGAAGAACAAUAAGGCGAUCGAGCGGGCGACUGGUGAACCGGUGACACUACUGUGGGAAAAGAUGUCCAAAUCGAAGCUUAAUGGCGUCGACCCGCUAGAGGUGCUGCGUCAGCAUGGCUGCGAUACGUUGAGACUCAUUUUGCUGGCUGAUGUUGCACCAACCUCUCACCGGAAUUGGUCGGAAGCAACUUUUCCUGGUAUUCUAAACUGGCAGAAAAGAAUCUGGAUGACGAUGUACGAUUUCCGAGAGAUUCGUUCGAAACUAGUCUCUGGUGAAAGAACUUCGGUGACGGAAGAAUACAAACAGCACGAACACCAACUGUGGGAUGCCCGGAAUUACUUCACGGCCGGUGCAACGUUUAAUUAUCGCCACUCCCAUCAGCUGAGCGUCGGCAUAUCGAAGAUGCAGGGACUAACGAAUGCAAUUCGUCGGGUUCCUCCGGAGGUGAUUGCCUUUAGCCGCCAGUAUGAGCUUGCUUUGGCGGCCCAGAUUGUGAUGCUGGCUCCGAUGGCACCACACUUUGCAACGGAGCUGUGGCAACAGUUCCUAUCAGCGCCGAACCGGGCGACGCAAGAUACGGAAAAUGACACGGCAAUCCGGUGGAACGGUGAUGUGUUCGAUCAACGGUGGCCCGAGAUCGAUCAGGACUUUCCACUCGACCUAACGUUUAAGAUUAAUGGUGCCGAGUGCUGCAUUCUUAAGAUUCCAGCGAAACGGUUUAAUCUACUCACGCACCAGGAGUCACUUGAUAUAGCGCUGAAACAGGAACCGAUCCUCAAACUGAUAGGCAAGCGGCCUCUGCGAACCAGUGAGUUUACGCUGUAUCCGAGCUGUGAAGCCUUCCUCGCAGUGGAACUUGAUCGUGCGUUGAGUAGUGAUGGGGCAGAGGUUAAGGACAAGAAGGAAAAGAAGGAAAAGAAACACAAGAAGAAAAAGUCACUACAAGUGGUGCACAUCGGUUGAAUCGGAUACCUCGAAUAAAUAGUUUUCUUCAAGGCUCGAAGGCUCUUAGCUUCAAUUUUUUUAAGCGGAGUAUUGGAAAUAGAGUUCAAGGCAGAUCAGAGGACAACCGUUGUUUCUCAGAAUAUGGACGCGCGUUGGCUGGGUGCUUUAUUUUAAUUACAUCUCCACAUUCUUGGCCUUCCCAAAAUGGUCCGCAAUAAAAUGUAGUGUGGUUCUCAUGAUGCUCUUAAACCAAUCUUACAGCUAAUCCAUCGCCGGAUGCUAAAACAAUCGGUUUUUUGGUACAAUUUUGCGCUUGUAUGCCAGUGAACGAUUUCGCAAUCGU